CGUAAAUACUUCUUAAAAUCCUUGGGAAACUGGUUUGCCACUUCAAUAAUUUCCAUGUUGCAUUGAUUCAGCACGUGAUAUCGUCACCCACCAAUUUUGUGGCAGAAUCUCAGCUUCCGCGGGGUACCUGGAUUAUUUUUAUUUUGGCCAUGACAUUUUUCGACAGCUGCGCAACUCAACCUCAAAAUCAGAGUCGCCCGCAUGCCUCCAAAGAAGAAGCCGCAGGGUACUGGCUCCGUCGAAGUCGCACCUGGGAAAGCUCCUGCGAAAACAACUGGAGAUACCACAACAGAAGGUACCACAGAUGCUACGAAACGAAAACGAACAACGAGACCGAAACCUCCUGCGCCGGAAGAACCUCUGGGCCCAAGAGAAGAUGAUGGCUUUGCGGCGCUUCUCGAACCGUUCUACUCUGGCAAAAGCUUGACCGAUCCUAUAGAUACAGCUCGAGAUAAAUGGAAUCUUUUGCCUGCGUUCUUGAAGGUCAAGGGUCUAGUCAAGCAGCAUAUCGACUCGUUCAACUAUUUCGUUGAGCAUGACAUUAAAGCUAUUGUAAAGGCAAACAGUAGGGUCCUUAGUGAUGUUGACAAGGCAUUCUUUUUGGAGUAUUCAGAUGUCCGAAUUGACCUGCCAGAGCGCUUAGACUACGACGACCGAAAGCCACUAAAUGAUAUCACACCGAACGAAUGUCGUCUGCGGGACUUGACUUAUGCCGCUCCAAUUCGAGUGGAUAUAAAAUAUGUUCGAGGAAAGCAGGUCGUUACUAGGACGAAUAUUGCUAUUGGACGAUUGCCUAUAAUGCUUCGCAGCUCGAAAUGCCGACUUGCAGGCAAAAAUGAUCGCGAAAUGGCGUUCAUGAACGAGUGUGCGUUGGAUCCGGGAGGAUAUUUCAUCGUCAAUGGCACAGAAAAAGUCAUAUUAGUGCAGGAGCAGUUGAGCAAGAACAGGGUCAUUGUCGAAUCGGACGCAAAGAAGGGGAUUGUCUCUGCAUCUGUAACCAGCUCUACACACGAACGCAAAUCCAAGAGCUAUGUCCUGCUGAAGAAAGAACGAAUUUAUCUCCAACAUAAUAUAUUGCAAGAGCCAGUCCCAAUUGUCAUCGCAUUGAAAGCUUUGGGCAUCCAGUCAGACCACGAGAUGUUGCUCUUGGUCGCUGGCACAGAUAGCAAAUAUCAGGACGAAUUCUCGGUGAACUUCGAAGAGGCGAGCAAACUUGGGGUCUUCUCUCAGCACCAAGCUUUAGAGUAUAUUGGACAACGGGUCAAGAUGGGUGCUCGCAACAAGACACAAGGGACACCAAACCGUCGAUCUCCUAUCGGAGACGCUCUCGAGGCACUGGCAAACAUCAUCAUAACGCACGUUCCCGUUCACAAAUUGGAUUUCCGACCAAAGGCACUCUAUGUUUGUUUCAUGGUUCGUCGCGUCUUGAUGGCAAUGUACGACCCCAAACUAGUUGAUGAUCGUGACUAUGUCGGGAACAAACGCCUCGAGCUUGCUGGUCAAUUAUUAUCCUUGCUGUUUGAAGAUCUGUUCAAGAGAUUCAAUUCAGAUCUGAAGAUGAAUAUCGACAAAGUCUUUAAGAAGCCGAAUCGGACUCAGCUAGUAGAUGCAUACAAUCAUUUACAAUCUACUGGAAAUAUCAUCACUAACGGUAUGGUCCGUGCAAUUGCUACUGGCAACUGGAAUGUCAAGAGAUUCAAGAUGGACAGAGCUGGCGUCACUCAUGUUCUCAGUAGACUGAGUUACAUCAGUGCCCUUGGGAUGAUGACUCGUAUUAGCUCUCAGUUCGAGAAGACCAGAAAAGUCAGUGGCCCCAGAGCUCUUCAACCCUCGCAAUUCGGCAUGCUUUGCCCCUCUGAUACCCCCGAAGGAGAAGCUUGUGGACUUGUCAAGAAUCUUGCACUUAUGACUCACAUCACCACGAAUGACGAAGAAGAUCCUGUGAAGAAGCUAGUCUUCGUUCUUGGUGCGGAAGAUAUCGUCUCGAUGAGCGGCAAGGAGAUCUAUGCAGAGGGCGCCUAUGUUGUCUUCGUAAACGGUACACCUUUGGCUUUGACGAGACAGCCGAAACUUUUCCUAAACUCGUUUCGUAAGUUUCGACGUAUGGGCCGAGUCUCGGAAUUUGUGAGUAUCUAUAUCAACCAUCACACCAAUGCCGUGCAUAUUGCUACCGAUGAGGGCCGAAUUUGUCGUCCGCUCAUCGUCGUAGAAAACCAGAAAUCGAAAGUCACCAAACGCUCUUUGGAAGCUCUGCGCAAAGGCACGAUGGAGUUCGACGACUUCCUCUACAAGGGACUUGUUGAGUAUGUCGAUGUCAACGAAGAGAACGAUUCAAAUAUUGCUUUAUACGAGAACGAGAUCAAUGACACCACAACCCAUCUUGAAAUCGAGCCUUUCACUAUCCUGGGCGCAGUUGCUGGUCUCAUCCCAUAUCCUCACCACAAUCAAUCCCCGAGAAAUACGUACCAAUGUGCUAUGGGCAAGCAAGCUAUUGGUGCUAUUGCAUACAAUCAAUUUGCAAGGAUCGAUACCCUUCUCUACCUUAUGGUGUAUCCUCAGCAACCUAUGGUCAAGACUCGAACUAUCGAGCUCAUUCACUAUGAUAAACUUCCAGCUGGGCAAAACGCAACAGUUGCUGUCAUGUCAUAUUCAGGCUAUGACAUUGAAGACGCAUUAGUGUUGAACAAAGCUUCCUGCGAUCGGGGAUUUGGACGAUGCCAGGUUUUCAGAAAGAAUGCGGCAGUGCUGAAGAAGUAUCCCAACAGAUCUGAAGAUCGUUUGGCAGAUCCUAUGAAGGACGAGAAAGAUCCUACUAAAUUAAUCUAUAAGCAUUCGGUUCUAGAGCCAGAUGGCUUGGCCAUGGUGGGAGAAAUGCUUCGUGUCGGGCAGACCAUGAUCAACAAGGAAAUGCCACUCAAUACCACUUCGACAGGAAUAGGCUCGGACUACGGAACAAAUGAGCACAAGCCUGCUCCCAUGAACUAUAAGAUACCCGAACCCAGUUACGUUGAUAAGGUAAUGCUUUCGCAGCAGGAAAAUGAGUCAUUAGUUGUCAAAGUCCAGACUCGUCAAACCCGACGACCUGAACUAGGAGACAAGUUCUCAUCUCGACACGGACAGAAAGGUGUCGUUGGUAUUAUUGUCAAUCAGGAGGAUAUGCCAUUUGCAGAUACGGGAGUCACACCAGACAUUAUCAUGAACCCGCACGGUUUUCCCUCUCGUAUGACAGUUGGCAAGAUGCUGGAGCUUCUUUCGGGCAAGGCAGGUGUCUUGAAUGGUACGCUCGAAUACGGUACUGCAUUUGGAGGCAGCAAAGUCGACGACAUGGGACAGAUUCUCAUCAAUCAUGGCUUCAACUAUUCGGGGAAGGACUUUGUCACUAGCGGCAUUACUGGCGAGUCUUUGCCAGCGUACAUCUUUUUCGGGCCCAUAUACUACCAGAAGCUGAAGCACAUGGUUCAAGACAAGAUGCACUCCCGUGCCCGCGGACCUCGAGCAAUCCUUACUCGCCAACCAACAGAAGGUCGAUCCCGAGACGGAGGUCUUAGAUUAGGGGAGAUGGAACGCGAUUGCUUGAUCGCCUACGGAGCUAGUCAAUUGCUACUCGAGCGAUUGAUGCUUAGCAGUGACGCACAUGAAGUCGACAUCUGCGAAGUUUGUGGCUUGAUGGGAUACCAAGGAUGGUGCCAGACCUGCAAGAGCACGCGGGGCGUGACACGUAUGACGAUGCCAUACGCGGCAAAAUUACUCGUGCAGGAAUUACUAAGUAUGAAUGUCUUGGUGAGGUUGAAGCUCGAAGACGAGUUUCCACACCCCAGGAAAGGAGGGUGAGAGUUUUUAUGACUCAUGUGCUCAAGACGGUUGGCUGCAUAUGGAGGCGUUUCCGAGAACAUGGAUGGUGCAUAGCCCUUGGCGCAAAAAAUGUAUUCUUUUGUAGAUUGUAUCGUUGUCGAAAUAUCUGCCC